UCACCUGAGCAUCUCUAUGUAAAAAAGGAAGAUAUUUUACCUCACAAUUUUCUCAGCUCACCAGAGUAGGUUCUGUGUAAAAAGUUAUACUCGGCUGCUCCCAGCUGCAGGUAAAAAAAAAUUAGAAAAAAUGAAGAAAUGAACAGCAGCCAAUCAGUAUCAACAGUGCUGAGGUCACGAACUCUCUUACUGUGAUCUCAUGAGAUUUCACUUAACUCUCAUGAGAUUUCAUAAUAAUCUUCCUUAAAGGGACAUUAUACACUCAUUUUUUCUUUGCAUAAAUGUUUUAUAGAUGAUCUAUUUAUAUAGCCCAUAAAGUUUUUUUUUUUUUUAAAUGUAUAGUUUUGCUUAUUUUUAAAUAACAUUGCUCUGAUUUUCAGACUCCUAACCAAGCCCCAAAGUUUUGAGAAUACCGUCGGCUACCUACUCCAGCUUGCUCCUGUUUGUAUAAAGGGUCUUUUCAUAUGCAAAAGAAGGGGGAGUGUCUUAUUUCCCACUUGCAGUGGGCUUUCCAGCUACCUUUUCAACAGAGCUAAUCUGUGAGCUUCUAAUUCUCCAACGUGUAUUACCCGUCUGAAUUCCAGUUACAAUAAUGUCGUAUGGGUCUGUUGACGGAAGUGGAUUUGGAAGUAGAAACCCCUUUGGUGGACCCACUACACAAGGAUAUCAGCCUCUAGCCACACAGAUUGAUCCAGAUGAACUGCAAGAAGUGUUCCAGCUAACUUCUGGGGAUGUGCUUGGUAUAAAUACUAAUGUACAGUCUUUGGAGAGAAUCCUGCGCUCCCUGGGGACUCCUAGCGAUACCGAAGAACUGAGAGAUCGGCUCCACUUCUUGCAACAAGAGACCAAUAAUACCAUAACUUCAAGUACCAAAUCAAUUCGCCAGGUUUCUGAGCUUGUACGGGGAUCAUCUCGCGAUCGGCUUCAGCUGGACAGAUUGAAGAGUCAGCUAUCUGAUGCUAUUCAGAGAUAUGGAAACGUACAAAAGAAAAUAGCAGAUAAGUCUAAAUCAUUGCUUACUACUGGAGAGAAAAAUAUAAAACAAAGUCCUCGGACACCUUUCUCAGACAUAGGAGAGGAUGAAAAGAUUUUCAAUGGUGGGGAUGAGCUAUGGCAGAACCAAAGUCAAGAUGUCACGGAGAUCACAGAAGAAGAUCUUGAACAACUGCGUCAGAAAGAAGAAGCUAUAAAGUUAAUUGAGAGCGAUAUGCUUGAUGUUAAUCAGAUUAUGAAAGACCUGGCAUCUAUUGUGUAUGAUCAAGGAGAUACUAUAGAUAGUAUUGAAGCCAACAUUGAAUCAGCGUCUUCUAAUGUAGAAUCAGCCAAUCGCCAAUUGGCGAAAGCCAACCAGCACCAAAGGCGCAACCUUAGAAUGGCCUGUGCUCCCAGGAAGAGAAAAGAGAAGUUUUCUCCUCUUGAACUUGAAAUUUUGGUGGCUGAAGUGACCAAGCAUCAUUCUAAACUCUACGGAAGUGAGAGAGUCAACCUGAGCCAACCAGCAAGAGAACGUAUUUGGUUAGAAAUUGCCAAGAAGAUUAAUGCUGUAGCAAGGUCUCCAAGGACUACUCGAGAUCUCAGACGAAGAUGGGAUGACAUGAAAAGACGUACCAAGGAGAAAUUAGCCAUCAUAAAGCGUUCAGUCGUAAACUCUACAAGCAGUAAAUAUAGCAGUUCCAUGUUACAAAAUGAUACCAGUAGUGAUGUCUAUCCUGGAUUUGGUGGUGAGGAAGAUGAGGAUGAACAUGAAGAAAUUGAUGUGGAAAUUGAUGCCCCUCACAUAGCUCUGGAGCUUCAGUCAGAUGAGGAGGAAAAUGGCCCAGGUUGUACAUGGGUACCACUAAAAACCAUAGAAAUGCCAGUAGCAACGGAACUUGAUAUGUCUGAUCAUCCAGUUAUUAUACAAACAUCUGCUUCAUCCCCAUCUCCACCAUCCUCGCCUCAGAAUCUACCCAAGUCUUCCUACGCCAGGCGAUUAUCUCAAGCGGUUCAACAUCCCAGAAGAAAACAUGAAGUUUCUGAAUUUGAGAAACAGUUAAUGGAGGGUCAGUUGCAACAAAAUAGUCUUUUAUCAUCUUGGUACCAACAACAAAGCUCACUAAUGGUUCAGCAGAACUUAAUAUUAGAAAAUCUUGUGGAACAAAGUAGGCGUUUAGCAGACAAUGUAGAGAUACUAAACAGGACUUUGGAAAAGUUGGUGGACAGUAACCACACACGCAGUGAAACUGUACAUUUUGUCCAAGACCGUACGUCAGGGGCCUCUACUCGUGUCCCACCUAGAAUACCAGGUGGUAGUGAGUCAGGAGGUCCCUCUGGGAUUGAAGUCUUUUCUGGUAUGAUCUUGAAAGUUGAGGAGGAGGUGUAAAGAACCUUCCAAUAUAGCGUUAUAUUUGAACAUAACAGACUGGAUAUUUUUUUAAUGGAUAUAUAUAUAUAUAUAUAUAUAUAUAUAUCCAAUACUUUUUUUUUUUUUUUUAAUCUUUCUUUUAGAUAGAUUUAAACUUGAGGUCAGUAGUGGAUCAAUACUUCCCUUUUACAAUGCAUACACAGAGCCAUUUUUUGUAGGUUGUGACAUACAUUGCGCAUAUUUUAUAUUCUGAUUUAUUGUUUUGUGAGAGGAAAUUUUGUAUGUGUUCUUUUUAUUCUAAAAAAAAAUAUUUUUCUUACAUAACUUUUAAAAAAAAAGUAAAAAAAAAAAAGUCAUAUUUAUCUUACUGGAAAUAGGUAGCUUUGCUGAUGGAACGGAAUGCUUAAUCAAGGAAGGGUUUGCUGUAAUAACUGGUUUCAUACUGUAAAGCAGCAUUUUAUAGCUAACAGUAUAAUGAUAUUAUAUGUACAACUCAGUGCUGUAUUUUGUAAACAAUAAUUAGCACUUUCAGAGCCUACUGUAAAUUACAUAGAAUGCAGAGUCUGCCACAAGACGUGCAGCAGUUUUAGUUUUAUGAGAUGAUAAAAACAAAAAUUCCAUCUAUUUUACAAAAACAUUUAACGGAAAUAACCUGUAUGUUAUGGGAUGCCUAGAAUAGGGCGCGUUCUUUUGUAUUUUUUUUCUUGCAUGUGAUCUCUUUAACCUCUUAAGGAUAUAUGACGGAAUUUUUCCGUCAUAAAACAAUUGAGCAAACUGAAAGCUGUGUCCUUAAAGGGUUAAAUGCUGUUGUUAGACAAUGUAUGUCCAGUUAUUUUUUUAUUUACUCUGUUAUUUUAAUAUUCCUUAUCUUUUGGGUAGCAGCGAUCUCAGCCAGUAUGUUGGGUCCUCAUAAAUCAUCACUGUAGGUUAAAAGGUGGUACAUAUAUUUUAUUAGAAGGACAUUAAAUACUUCUUGCUUUUGUCUAAAAUUGUGCUUGUUCCACACUCCCUAAAAAAAGACCAAAAAAACGAAUUAUGUAACCUACAAACGCUUCAAAACAAACAGCUGGAUAAGGCAAUUGAGGGCAUUUUGAGAACCUAGGUUACAGAUUUAGUUUUUUUUUUGCCUCUCUAGGGAGAGUGGUACAAAGCAUAUUUUUUUACACAAAAGCAAGAGCCCUUUAACCAUGACUGAUUAUGUUUUAUAAAACGUUUAAUGUGGCCCACACUGGCCUGCAUUCACUAAAGUUUCCUCCUCCUACCCAGUUGUUAUUCGAUAAAUCCUCAGGACCUAUUUAGGGCCAGAUUACGAGUGACAUGUUAAGUUAUGUGCAAGUGAAAAGGGGUUUAUCAGCGUGUUGUUGCGCCCGUCGGGUUUACUGCUCAUACUGCAAGUUGAAAGUAAACUGAAUUGCUAUUUACGCUAGAAUAAUUACUGUUUCCUCAGAGCUCUAGUGUUAACUGUUUUGCAAAAAAACAGUACAGUUACACGCAUAAUAACACUGUCUAAUAAAAAUUAUUGAAAAAAAAUAUUGCUCAAAAAAGUUAUAAGGUCUCAAAGAUAUGAGGUCUCAGGUGUAAGGGAAAAAAAGGCAGGCAAAGGGCUUUAACAGUGAGAUACAUACAUAUACAUGUCUCAAUAUGUGUGUGUGUAUGUGUAUAUAUAUAUAUAUUUAUAUAAUGUGUGUGUGUACAGAUGUAUGUAUAUGUUUAUGUAUUUACAGACAUAAAUAUACAUAUAAAUACAUAUGUACACAUAUAUGGACAUAUAUAGAAGUGCACUGGAGCCUUUUGCAGUCAAAUAGAUGAAAAUAUGUAAACAAAUUUAUGCAAUAUUUAUAUUUAAUAAAGUGUUAUACUGUGUAUUUACUGUAAAUAUUUCCCAUUCCAAUGCUAUACACAUAGUGGAAUAUAUAUAUAUAUAUAUAUAUAUAUAUAUAACAGGCCCAGAGGCUUGUUUUCCCACAGAAAACCUCUGAAUUACAUUGUUUCCAAUGCAGCAAAGGAUUCUGGGUAAGAUAUGCAAAUUAAGUACACAAUGACACACCUUUUUACUUCAGUCUGCUUUUCAGCAGGUUCCCUUUACGCCAAAGUAUCGCUGUUCACACAGCUUAUAAACUUAGCUAGGGUUAGUACAGUGAUUCAUAACCAUAUAUAUAGAGAUAUAUAAUUAUACAUAGGUAUAGAUAUAUAUUUUACCAGAAUACCAUCAGAUACUGGUAUAUAUAGAAAUAUGUAUGUAUGAAUAUAUAGAACAUAUUCUGCUAUGUGAAGAACAUUGAAAUGCAAAAUAUUAAUAUUUAUAAGCGCACUUGAGAAUAUGCGAUUCACCUUCUGCUCCAUUGACUUCUAUGGGAGAAUACGUUAUUGAACUUCACAUCAGGUUAGUACAAGUGAAAAUAGUUUACUUUCAAAUUGUAAUACAAGCUCUACCUGACGCACACAAAAAGUUUACUUCUAGCGGAGAUAAUGCUCGAGCAGGAGCAUUAAAUACUGCUCCACUUGUAAUCUGGUCCUUAAUGGGCACACUACACAGCUGAAUUUACUGACCACCCAGCUAAAAAGACAAUAUUAAGCUAAAAUUAAAUAUUUUCAAUGUUUGUUACGCAUUACAUUAAUGUUAAAUUAGCAAUGCAUUUGUGCUUUGGGUACCUUGAGUACAUUUAUAAAUAACCUAAAAUAUUACAAUAUUGCAAACUUUUUACCUUGCCCACUCCCAUAAUGCCACUUGGCAGGAAAACCUUCAUGUGUAGGACACUGUACACAUACUGUAUGAAUGCUCAUCAAAGUUCAUUAAGUGUGUACUAAAAUACAAGUCUGCAGGAUUUUAUAAAAAAGCCUUUGCUUUCAGAGGGCAUAAGAAGUGUCUAGGAAAGAACUCUCCUCUGUACAAGAACUGUAUGCUGAGUUCAGAUAACUGUUGUCCGAAUAUAAUACUGUGAUAGGGAGAAUUGUUUACAGAAUUAGUUUUUUACAACAUGAGUUCAUGUUGGAUUAAACUUUGAGAAGAGGACAUUAGAUACCAAGGUACAUAGAGCCACAGCGAACAAGAGAACACAGAAGCAAUAAUGUAUGUGACUGACAUAUAACAUAGUCACAUAAGUCAGAUGAUAGUGUACGGGUACGAGAAUCAAAAAAGUGAGAUACAUGCAUUUUCUCUCUCUUCACAUCUCAUAUAUAUCAGAUUGCAAAAAACACUGUUGGAGAAAAACUGGCUAGUGAUGUUUUCUAAAAGUAUAUUCCAUUGUCAUUAACAUAAUCUAAUAUGUUAAAUACAUAGUUAUUCAGGUACAAUCUUAUGCCAGUGAUUUGUAGCUAUAGGGGUAUGCAACUUGUGAUUGGCUCACUGGUUGUGUAUGCAUUGCAGCUUUAAAGUGAUGGUAAAUACUAGCGUUUGUGAAAUAAUUCUUAAAAAAUAUGUUAUGUUUUUCAAGAAAACCCUACACUGAGCAAUAAGAAAAGCAUGUUUUUUGUUGGGUAAAUGAAACGCUGCUUUACAGUCAUGUUACCUUCUAUGUUUUAUUUUAAACCUUGUUAGCGCUGGUGUUGCAAAUAUAUUGCAUGAAUUGGCAAUAAAUAAUCCCAAGACAUAUUUUCUUCUUCAGUUAUAGGGAAGUCAUAAUAUUUAGUGAUAUAGACAGGAGUCUAUGUUUUUUGUGUUAGCCAAAAAAAAUAAGAACCGUAUAAAAAAAAAACUAAUUACAUCCAUGAAAAAAUAUAUUGCCAAUUUGUAAACUAAAUCACUAUGUAAUAUGUAGCGGUUGCACUGUAUAGCCGGAGAAACAGGUGGCGCAUUAAUAAAAUAUUUUAAAUCAUUA